AUGGAUGAGCCAGACGAUUACUCCUUAGCGGAAGACCAUGAUGAAGCUUACCAUCAUGCGCCUAUACGUCGGGUUUAUGCUGGCCCUGUGUCCGAAAGCGUUCCUUCCAGCAUAGCUUCCUUCGUUCGCCGUCGUUCACGUCGCGACUCAACCGUUAGCUUCACGUAUUUUCAGGAGAGCACGGAAACCCCCGAUUGGAUCGAUGAGGAGGCCAUAGUAGAUGAAAGUGAGCUAGAAGAUGGUUUCUUCGGAGACCAGGAUAUUGACAUGGAUAUGCCAAGAAGCCCUUUAAGCCUUCUGGACGGCUCACGCUCAAGAAGCUCAGUAGAACACCCGCUCUUGCGACGAGAAACUUCUCGUCGAAGCGACUAUACAGAGCCACCCUCGGGAGAGACUGUUAGCCAGAAGGUUUACAUUGUCACUGAGGAUUUGACUGCCGUAAUUGCUGGGUUCUCUACAAGUAUAACAGGCUUCACGAUUUAUGUCAUCAUAUGCGUCUUAACAGGUGGCUUAGGCUAUCUGGUGUUCAGAUGGCUUCCUCGAUGGCGCAUUAAGCUGGUUGGAUACCCUGAACCUCUGCAUCGGUGCCAGUGGGUCGCAAUCGAGAACCAAUGGGGCCAAUUUACCGUCGAAGCUGUCGCAGACGUAAGAUAUGACCGCCCAUUGUCCACGGUAUUUGGAGCUUCCUGUAAAGAGAUCGAGGCUCCCAACUUUGACGAAGAUAAUGAUCCGGUAUUGCCCUAUCUCCGCUUCGUGGACUACCGUUAUAUCCGCUUCUGCUACCAACCCCUGGAAGAUAAAUUCAUGCACACCGGCGAUUGGAAAGAUCCAAAUUGGAUUAAUAUUAAGUCUGUAAGAGAAGGAUUAGAUGCAGAUGAAAGAGAUAGUCGAGAGCAAGUAUUUGGCCAAAAUAUCAUUGAUAUCAAACAAAAGUCUAUCCCCCAGAUUAUGAUUGACGAAGCUUUCCAUCCUUUUUAUAUAUUUCAAGUUGCAAGUUUACUGCUUUGGUCGAUGGAUGAAUACUAUUACUAUGCGGCGUGUAUCUUUCUCAUUUCAGUCUUCAGCAUUGCGGCUACGACGAUUGAAACGAAAUCAGGAGACCAAUUCCUUCAACUGAAUUGGUUCCUGGGGAUCCUAUUACUGUCAGGAGACUGUAUUGUUAAUGAGAGCAUGCUUACCGGAGAAUCUGUUCCGGUUUCCAAACUACCCGCUACAAAUGAUUCGCUUGCGUCUUUAAACCUGGAUGCGCCAUCUAUCCCGCCUUCCGUUGCCCGCCAUUUUCUAUUUUGUGGUACUAGAAUAAUACGCGCGAGAAGGCCCCAGGACUUAGAAGUCGACGAAGCUGCCGCACUGGCUAUGGUGGUAAGGACUGGUUUCAAUACAACCAAAGGCGCUCUAGUCCGGUCGAUGCUAUUUCCCAAGCCAUCUGGUUUCAAAUUUUAUAGAGAUUCGUUCCGGUACAUCUCAGUUAUGGGAAUGGUGGCUGGGUUGGGUUUCAUAGCGUCGUUUGUGAAUUUCAUUCGCCUAGGGAUCGCGUGGCAUACUAUUAUCGUCCGAGCUUUGGAUCUCAUCACUAUUGUGGUGCCGCCAGCUCUCCCUGCGACACUGACGAUUGGAACGAAUUUUGCUCUUUCGAGGCUAAAGAAACAGCAGAUCUUUUGUAUUAGUCCCCAGAGAUUCAGUGACUUACUGGCAGACUCUCACGCAAUCCUUCCGUAUCCAUUGUACGAGAGAGACCCGACCAUUGAUUAUCAUUCCAACGCUGCCAUUCUUUACACGAUGGCAACCUGCCACUCUUUGAAAAUCGUCGAUGGCGAACUAAUAGGGGACCCGCUUGACGUGAAAAUGUUUGAAUUCACAAAUUGGUCAUAUGAAGAAGGGAAUCACAAUUUUUCGGAUGCUGACGAACUCGAAACUUAUUCUCCGUCCAUAGCACGCGCACCUCCAACUUUGACGCCUGGUGACCCCGAGGAGGGAACUCACCUCCCAACCGAACUGGCCGUCAUACGAACCUUCGAGUUCGUUUCGCAACUUCGGCGGUCCAGUGUCGUAGUGCGGGAACCUAGCAAUACAGGGGUUACCGUGUUCGUGAAAGGGGCACCAGAAUCCUUGAAAGAUAUCUGUGUCCUAAAAUCUUUACCUCCCGAUUUUACCGAGCUUUUGAAUUUUUAUACUCAUCGUGGGUAUCGAGUAAUUGCCUGCGCAACGAAGCAUAUUCCCAAUCUCAGUGGCAAUGGCGUUCUGAAAAUCACCCGGUCAGAGGCUGAAUCCGACCUGACUUUCAUUGGCUUUAUUGUGUUCGAAAAUAAGCUCAAACCGAGCACCGCUGGUGUUAUAAAAGAAUUGUCCACUGCUGGAAUCCGAAAUGUCAUGUGUACAGGUGAUAAUAUCCUUACUGCGAUAAGUGUCGCUCGCGAAUCUGAGUUCAUAGGUCAAGCCGCCCAGUGUUUUGUCCCGUACUUCGCUGAAGGAAAUGCGUAUGAUCCAAGAUCUCGUCUACGCUGGGAAAGUACAGACAAUCCGGAUUACCAGCUUGACGAGUAUACUCUCACACCACUUCCGCGCCCUACCACGCCUGACCUUUCAAUUCCAUAUCAUAAUUAUAAUAAGAUGAAGUACUCUAUUGCGGUAACUGGAGACGUGUUCCGGUGGGUGGUGGACUAUGGCUCCAAAGAGGUGUUGGAUAAGAUGUUGGUUUACGGGCAAGUUUUUGCGCGCAUGUCACCGGAUGAGAAGCAUGAGCUCGUCGAAAAGCUACAGUCCCUUGAUUAUGUUUGCGGAUUCUGCGGAGAUGGUGCCAACGAUUGCGGGGCCUUAAAAGCAGCGGAUGUCGGUAUUUCACUGUCAGAGGCUGAGGCUUCCGUAGCUGCGCCGUUCACCAGCAGGAUUUUCGAUAUAUCGUGUGUCCCAAAACUUAUAAGAGAAGGAAGAGCCGCACUUGUCACCAGCUUCUGUUGUUUCAAGUUUAUGAGUCUUUAUUCUGCCAUUCAGUUUACCUCAGUAAGCUUUCUAUACGCAUCUGCUUCGAAUCUCGGCGACUUUCAGUUUCUUUAUAUCGACCUUGCUCUUAUUUUACCCAUCGCAAUUUUUAUGGGAUGGAUUGGACCUUACUCGAAACUUUGUCGAAAACGCCCUACUGCGAAUCUUGUUUCUCGGAAGGUUUUGACGCCGCUUUUGGGUCAAAUCGUGAUAUGUAUCCUUGUCCAGCUUACGGCUUUCGAAACUGUUCAGGGCCAAGAAUGGUAUAAACCACCCAAGCUCAAUUUAAAGGAUACCAGCAUAGAAAAUUCGCAGAACACCGCGCUAUUCUUGGUUUCUUGCUACCAGUACAUAUUCUCAGGGCUCGUAUUAAGCGUUGGGCGGCCCUUCCGACAACCAAUGACCUCAAAUGUUCCGUUUGUUGUCACCAUAAUUGUAACUCUUCUAGUGUCGUCUUACAUGCUUUUUCAACCUGCCGACUGGCUCUUUCGUUUGAUGCAACUCACCUACAUGUCGACUUCAUUCAAGAAUUGGCUUGUAGCGCUGGCAAUUGGAGGAUUUGGACUUGCCUAUAUUUCGGAGCGACACCUUUUCCCGGAAUUCUCUCGGCUGAUCGGCCGUAUAUACCGAGUGUGCCGUCCCGGAAAAAGAAAGCAGCGACGACGAUACAAGGUGUUGUUGGAGGAGCAGAUGACCUAG